CGAACAGAGAGGAAAGGAGGCGUUGACACGCGCGCCUUCCUGAUAGUGUCGAAGGAGGACGUUUCUGUUUUGGUUUUUCUGUGAAGGCUCGCUCACAAGCUGGUGGCACAUAAAUAAACAAGCGGUGUGUUGUUUUAAAGUUGGCUGUUUGAGGCUCUGCUAAUUUCACUCGGCGUUGCUCGUGCUGGCUAAUGACUGGAGGCGCGUGCACCUUGCGGUGACCCGGCCGGUGUUUGUUUGUUGUCAGUCGUCAUCCCCCGGAAACAGGGGACCACCUUUUUCAGUUUAAUACCGUGAGGCUGGCACUAAAGACAUGGCAUCAGUAGCCGCGGCGCAUGAGCCAGGUCUCAGCCCGGCCUCCAUUGCGCUUGCCGACGCUUUGGUCCCCGCCAGCAUCUUCGCUCCGGACCGGGGAGGAUGCGGGGACGACGCCGGGGACGAGUGCUUCGACGACGCGGACAUGCUCAACGGCGAGCCCGAGGAGCGGCGGGUCGACUUCACCAACAAGCACGCUCUCGUGAGCCCAAACGGAGAGCAGUAUGACUCGUUACUACGCCAGCUACGGGACAGGAUGGAAGAGGGAUGCGGAGAGACCAUCUAUGUGGUCGGGAUGGGCUCAGAUGGCAGUGACUGGGGUCUGGAUGAGAACGAUAUGGAGGCCUCGGUGGCCACCGUGCACUCGAUGUGUGAGCAGCUGGACGCCGACCUUAUUUCGCUCCGAGAGCGAAAUGAGUCUGCCGGUUUGGUGCGCGACUAUCUGAUCCGCAGGCGUGUGGGUGAGCUAGACUUCCUGGAGGUGAGGGUUGCAGUGGUGGGUAACGUGGACGCUGGUAAGAGCACGCUGUUGGGAGUGUUGACGCACGGAGAGCUGGACAAUGGCAGGGGCUUCGCCCGCCAGAAGCUCUUCAGGCACAAGCACGAGAUGGAGAGCGGCAGGACCAGCAGCGUGGGCAACGACAUCCUGGGCUUUGACCAGGAGGGACAGGUGGUGAACAAACCUGACAGUCACGGAGGAAGCCUGGACUGGACCAAAAUCUGCGAGAAGUCCUCCAAGGUCAUAACCUUCAUCGACCUUGCGGGCCACGAGAAAUACCUCAAGACCACUGUGUUUGGGAUGACCGGACACCUGCCCGACUUCUGCAUGCUCAUGGUGGGCAGUAACGCAGGUAUCGUAGGGAUGACCAAAGAGCACCUGGGCCUGGCCUUAGCUCUGAACGUGCCCGUGUUUGUUGUGGUAACCAAAAUCGACAUGUGUCCGGCCAACAUCCUCCAAGAGACGUUGAAGCUGCUCCAGAGGUUACUGAAGUCUCCUGGCUGUAGAAAGAUCCCCGUCCUGGUACAGAACAAGGAUGACGUCAUAGUCACGGCGUCAAACUUCAGUUCUGAGAGGAUGUGUCCCAUCUUUCAGAUUUCCAAUGUGAGUGGAGAGAACAUGGACCUGCUCAAGAUGUUUCUCAACCUGCUCUCCUCGAGGACCUCCUACCGAGACGACCAGCCCGCAGAGUUCCAGAUAGACGACACCUACUCCGUACCGGGAGUCGGCACAGUAGUAUCAGGAACUACUUUACGCGGACUCAUACGUCUGAAUGAUACCAUGCUACUGGGACCAGACCCUCUGGGCAGUUUCAUCCCUAUUGCCGUGAAGUCAAUCCACCGCAAGAGAAUGCCUGUGAAGGAGGUUCGAGGUGGCCAGACGGCCUCGUUUGCUCUCAAAAAGAUCAAGCGUUCAUCCAUAAGGAAAGGCAUGGUGAUGGUGUCCCCGAGGCUGAGCCCACAGGCUACUUGGGAGUUUGAGGCCGAGAUCCUGGUGCUACAUCACCCCACCACGAUAUCCCCGAGAUACCAGGCCAUGGUCCACUGUGGCAGCAUAAGGCAGACGGCCACCAUCUUGUCCAUGAACCGAGACUGCCUACGCACAGGGGACAAGGCUUCAGUCCACUUCCGCUUCAUCAAGACCCCAGAGUAUCUGCACUGCGACCAGAGGCUGGUCUUUAGAGAGGGACGUACCAAGGCGGUGGGGACCAUCACUAAGCUUUUGCAAUCCACCAACAAUUUGCCAUCGAACUCCAAACCGCCACAAAUCAAAAUGCAGUCGACAAAAAAGGCACCGCUCCGAAAAGAAGACGGCACUGCGGCAGCUGGCGAAGACGCAGCCACGAUAGCACAGUCGGCAGUGCCGAACACGACACAACCAGGAGAGGGAGAGGAAGACCCUCAGAUUAAGGAGGGCAACAAAGAGAACAAGCCAAAGUCUGGAGGAGGCGGGAGGAGAAGAGGCGGCCAGAGGCACAAGGGAAAAGGCCAGAACAGCGGCACCAGCUCGACAGCAGCUCCCUCCUCAUCGGGGACAGGCGGCUGCUAAAUUGCUCCCUCCCCUGCGAUCACUCCACCCAAGUGUCUUCAUCCCACAGACCAUGAAGGAUUCAGAUGUUUGGAUAGAGACGCUCUCCGCAGUCCCAUUUCCUCUCGCCUUCUUACACCAGGUCCUAUUGUUUUUAUUUUUAAAGGGAUCACAAAGGGGUGUGUCUCAAACCAAAAGGCAUAUACACCCUUAGUGUUUUAAUUUCUGUUUCUUACCUUUUUUCUUUUUUUGGGAGAGGUUUGGGAAAUAGAAAAUAGUGUGGAUUCUGAGCUUAGCCUCACUCAGUUUGAUGAUUUAUUCAAUUUUAUCCAUAUUUCAUAGGAGUCUUAUGAAAUCCUCUGGCUCAGUUUCAGUGGUGGGGAGGGUGGCUAAAUCCAAAACAAGGGUCCAGUACCGAUAUGAGCAGCUAUUAAUGGAACCCCUUCCCCCCUCAUGCAUUCCCUGUGUAUUUGCGAUGAAAAACAGUUCAUGUUCUAUUUAUACUGCAUAUGUAAAAUAGCUGUUAGUUGUGCUCCGAUUGGAACGAUGCCACUGUACAAAAUGUAUGCAAAUCACCAAUGAAUGUAGCAGAGGGGCACAGUGAUUUCAAAUUCUAGAUAUACGGAAGAUAUAAGCAAUUUUAUAAUUGUCAGUUAUUUAUUCAGCAUACAUGCAGAUGAUGAGACUUUUAGAUGGUCUUAAGAUUGUUCCACCUACUCUCAUCCGCGCUCUUGGAUUAAUGCUUCCACUGUCCGUCAUCCAUUUUUCACCUUAUACUUCUAGUGUUAGUACAAAUAAAUACAGCACAUAAUCUCGUCACGCCAACAGUUGUUCAUGAUUUGAAGACAUGCAGUACUUGCGGUGAAACUUGUAACUCUAGUAACCCCAUGCGUUACGGCCGGUUGUUGUACACGUGUUGUGACAUUUGAAACACUUUGCCGCUAAAAAAAAGCUGAACAUUAAUAAACAGGCUUUACUGAA